AUGGGCCAGAACAACACACCAUCAGCCGCAAACAACGAAUACUUGGCCAAGCCAAGUGGUGCUUGCUGUUUGAAGGGAACAAUUCACAAAGGAGAAUCCAGAGGCUCAUGGACAGAGAUCGCAGGCGUUGAGACAUACAUUGCGACACCUCCUGCUGGGAAAGCCAAUGGCAAUAUUCUGCUGUACUUUCCCGAUGUCUGGGGCAUGUUUCCCAAUGGACUUCUAGUUAUGGACGCUUUCGCAGAUGCUGGAUAUCUAACUCUGGGACUGGACUACUUCAGAGGAUAUGGCAGNGAUCCAGUAUGGAAACAUCGCAAGAACCGUCACGAUAACACAGACCCGGACUUUGAUUACGAAGCAUGGAAGAAGAAGCACACAGCUUUCGCAGACGUAGCUGUACCAAAGUGGGUGAAAGCCGUACGAGAGGGCUAUGGAAAAGAAGGCACAAAAUACGCGUGCGUUGGCUACUGCUUUGGAGCACCCUAUGUGUGCGACGAGCUGGCAGGGGACAAUGUGACGGUCGGGGCCUUUGCUCAUCCUGCAUUCUUGAAGGAGCACCAUUUCACAAACCUCAAGAGUAAGUAUUGCAAGUACAGACUUGUAUACUUGGCUGACAAACUGCUUGUCCAUNNAGAGCCCUUGUUCUUGUCUUGUUCGGAGAUCGAUCACACAUUCGACGUUCCUUCAAGGAGGAGAGCCCUGGAUAUCAUGCAGAAAGAGAAGAAAAUCUACCAUUACCAGCUUUUCGCUGGCGUGGAACAUGGUUUUGCCCUACGCGGUGACCCCGAAGACCCAUACCAACGCUGGGUGAAAGAGCAGAGUCUACGUGGUAUCGUAGAGUGGUUCGACUACUGGCUCUCGCAGUAG